AUGGAGCCUCUCACCAUCGUCUCCCUCGCUGUGGCUUCAUUCAUUCUCUUUGUCUUUUGGGCAUUAUCACCCAAGACCUCCAAGAAUUUGCCACCAGGUCCACCAAAACUACCCAUCAUCGGAAACAUACACCAACUUAAAAGCCCAACUCCUCAUCGAGUUCUUAGAAGCUUAGCCAAGAAAUAUGGCCCCAUCAUGCACCUACAGCUCGGACAAGUCUCUACAGUCGUCGUGUCUACACCUCGACUUGCUCGAGAGAUCAUGAAAACCAACGAUAUCAGCUUUGCUGACAGACCCACAACCACAACCUCCCAAAUAUUCUUUUAUAAAGCUCAAGACAUUGGGUGGGCUCCAUAUGGCGAAUACUGGAGGCAGAUGAAGAAGAUUUGCACCUUGGAGCUUCUUAGUGCCAAAAAAGUUCGAUCUUUUAGCUCUAUUCGGGAAGAGGAGCUUCGUCGUAUCAGUAAGGUUCUUGAAUCACAAGCCGGAACAACCGUCAACUUCACGGAAAUGACUGUGGAGAUGGUGAAUAAUGUCAUCUGCAAGGCUACGUUGGGAGAUUCCUGCAAAGACCAGGCUACUUUGAUCGAGGUGUUGUAUGAUGUGUUGAAAACUUUGAGUGCUUUCAAUCUAGCAUCGUAUUAUCCUGGUCUACAGUUUCUUAAUGUGAUCUUGGGGAAGAAAGCCAAGUGGUUGAAGAUGCAGAAACAGCUUGAUGACAUCUUGGAAGAUUCAAGAGAUGAACAUGUCAAAGCCGUUGUUCUGGAUAUGUUGACUGCUGGAACAGAUACAUCUUCAGCAACACUUGAAUGGGCGAUGACUGAGCUCAUGAGGAACCCUGAGAUGAUGAAGAGAGCACAAGAAGAAGUGAGAUCGGUGGUGAAAGGAGACACAAUCACCGAAACGGAUUUACAAAGCUUGCAUUACCUGAAACUAAUAGUAAAGGAAACACUGAGGUUACAUGCUCCUACACCUUUGUUAGUACCCAGAGAAUGCCGGCAAGAUUGCAACGUCGACGGAUACGAUAUUCCGGCCAAAACUAAGAUCCUUGUAAACGCUUGGGCUUGUGGAACAGACCCUGACAGUUGGAAAGAUGCAGAAAGCUUCAUCCCGGAGAGAUUUGAGAACUGUCCGAUCAAUUACAUGGGUGCAGAUUUCGAGUUCAUUCCGUUCGGUGCUGGCCGGAGAAUUUGCCCCGGACUUACAUUUGGGUUGAGUAUGGUUGAAUACCCACUUGCUAAUUUCUUGUAUCAUUUUGAUUGGAAGCUUCCAGAUGGAUUGAAACCCCAUGAGCUUGACAUCACGGAAAUCACAGGGAUUUCCACAUCGCUCAAACAUCAGUUGAAAAUCGUACCGGUCCGCAAGUCCUUAGCACAGUAAAAGAAGCUGAGCCUUUAAGUCUUUAACUGGACCACCCAUCCACACUGUUGUUCGUUCUUAUCGUAUUGUAUACAAAAUUUUCGUGUACAUUUUGUUAUGGGUUCACAAUAAUUAAUCAAUAAUAUAUGUUUAAUCAUUAUUUA